AUGAAGAAUUUUGUGUUAGAAUCAAGUUUAAUUUUGUUUGUUGUAAGUUAUUGUGUACAGCCCAUGUUAAUAGAUACAAUAAAAUAUAAUGGGUGCGCAAAUUCGAGUACAUUUAUAUUUUUAAUCCCACAUUAUUUGUCAAUGGUUAUGGUUGGUUUUUUACCAACCAAAUAUAAAUUACAAGAUUGUGAAUGGAAAAAAAUAUUAUUUAUAUCAAUUAUGGAUUUAAUAAAUCAAGUAUUAAAAAAAGUUGGAUUAAUAUAUUCAGGCUCAGCUUUAUAUGUUAUUAUAGAUAGUUCUACAUUAAUUUUUACAGCAAUGUGGAAUAAAAUAAUUUUAAAAAAAAAAUUGUUAAUUUUUCAGAUUAUUGGUAUAUUACUUAUUACAUUUGGGAUAGCAAUUAAAUCGAAUACUUUAAAAAUAGAGGUACAUGAAGAAGAAAUUAUUGGAUCAAUAUUUAUUAUGUUAAGUAAUAUAUUGACAGGUUUAGUUUUUGUUUUAAAUGAAAAAUAUAUGCAUAAAAUGGAUGGUCCAAACAUUGUAUGUUUAAUGGGCAUAUUCUGUUCUUCCGUUAUAUUUUUCUGGACGCUUAUAUGGACAAUACCUAACUUCGAUAAUCUAAUAACAAAAAAUAUUAUAAAAAAUAAUGGAAAUGUAAAUACAAUUAUUAUAGCAUUUGUUUGUCUAUUUUUAUUUAAUUUUAUUACAUCAGCAACUUUGUGGUAUAUAAUGAAAACAAAAGGAUCGUUAUAUAUUGGCAUAUUAAAAGGGUUAAAAGUUGUAAUAAUUUUUGUGUUUAGUCAUAUUUUUUUUUGUAAAUAUGAUUCAAAGCAAUGUCUAAAUUUACAUUCAUCACUUUCUGUUGUAUUUUGUAUGACCGGAGUGAUUGUAUAUUCAUACAACGACUAUUUAACAAGUAUUAAGGAUAAGUUAGUAUUAUAUAAAUUACAAAAUGACAUAGGUAGCUUUAUUAAGCCCAAAGUAUAA